UCCUCCUUUCACUCGUCUUCACUUUAAAGGACAAACUUCAGCUUUUCCUUUUAAAUUAGAAACCGAAUUCUUGGAUUCGCACAUUGAAGCUUUUUAUUAUCUUUAUUUUAAUCGGAAUUGAAAAGCUUGGUGGCGGUCACUAAAUCAGGCGGAACCUCCUCUUUGUUCGCCUGUGUUCAGUCCGGAUGAAGUAGUUUCCGGGAGACGGUACCAGCAGUAAACAUGGCGGAGGAGCUGCUGGAAGCGGUGGACAGACUUCAGUCGCGGCUCCAGGAGAACCAGGAGCCGAGAAAGCUACUGAAGACGCUCAAACGACUCGGGGAACUUCCCAUGACUGUGGACAUACUGGUGGAAACCGGAGUGGGAAAGGCUGUGAACUCGUUCAGGAAACAUGAAAUCGCUGGAGAAGUUGCAAAAGGCCUCAUAGCCAAGUGGAAGAAACUGGUUCCUCAGUCUGCAGACAGACCCAACAGUCACGCCAUAGAAGCCUCUCGGCCACACCCCCACUCUCGAGGCCCAGAGGCAGGCGAUGGAGGAGUUCACAGACGCACCCGGGAGCCCUCCCCCGAGGAAGAGUCCUCCUACAUGGAAGAGGAGGAGGCAGAGGAGGAAGAGGAGAGAGGCUACCACACCAACUACUCACCCUCUCCUCCCCAACACAGGCAGUACAGCCCCCCACAGCGAGGAGGCUACCAAUCAGACGAGUAUGAGAGCCCCGAACCUGAACGUGAACCUGAGCCUGAACCUGAACCUGAGCCCAGUCCUCCUCACAAAGAAGUCCGCCACGCAAAACCAUACAGAGAUCCCAGCAAGAACCACCACCAUGGGGAUCGAAGCAGGGAGCGCGACGAGGAACGACGGCAACGCCACACAGAGACAAGUAGCAAUCGAGGAGGAGGAGGAGGAGGAGGUGACGACGACGAAGAAAAGAAACGUAGUGCAGACAGAGAGAGACGGCAGAGUCCGGUACAGAAGCCUGCAAAACAAAGGAAGUCCACCACGCACGAGAGCAAGAGGGAAGACAAGAAGAAAGGCGGAGAUGAAGGGCGACCAAGAGCACCGAAGGAAUCUCAAUCCAAGGAGGUGGAAGAGGACUUCGAGAGUCCCACCAUGUCCUUCGAGUCCUUCCUCACAUACGAUGCCCCAAUGGCUGUCAAGAAGAAGAAGAAGCCAUCGUCAUCGUCGUCACACAGUCGGGCGUCUCACUCAUCGUCCUCCUCAUCGUCUUCCCAUCGAACUCGCGCCCCUCCACCGCCUGCGACCUCCUCCUCCUCUACCUCCUCCUCUAAAGCGAGCAAGGCGAACGGCGCUCAGAGUAAAAAGAGGUCACAUUCAAGCUCCAGUUCCUCCGCUGCUGCCCCGACGCCAGAGAAACGAAAGAGGUUGGUCGAAGCCGUUCCGACUCUGCCUGAAAUCCCUCUGCCAGCAAUCCAACCCAAUUACAGACCCCUACCGUCCCUCGACAUCACGCCGCUGUCCCCUCAGAGACGUAAAGUUCCUGUCCUCAACGAGGAAGAGGACUCUGGCUUCACAGGGAAACGGUUCAACUCCAAGAUGGUGGUCUACUCAGGGUCGAAGACGGCUUACUUGCCCAAGAUGAUGACUCUGUACGAGCAGUGUAUCCGCGUGCUGCAGAACAACAUCGACUCCAUCGAUGAGGUGGGAGGAGUUCCAUAUGACAUUCUUGAACCAGUUCUGGAGCGAUGUACGCCAGAGCAGCUGUACCGCAUCGAGCAGAGCAACCAGUGUUUCACGGAGGACUCUGAUGAGUUGUGGAUGCGUCACUGUGCACGGGACUUCAAGCGAGCGACUCCACAGGAGUACGAGUCGUGGAGGGAGAUGUACCUGAGGCUGCACGACGAGCGCGAGGAGCGACUGAGGAUGCUCACCCAGAACAUCACGUCUGCACACGCCAACAAGCCCAAAGGACGGCAGGUAAAGAUGGCGUUUGUAAAUUCCGUCGCCAAGCCACCUCGUGAUGUUCGCCGCCGACAGGAGAGGUUCGGCACGACCAGCGGUUCGUCAGCUGCUUCCACCGCAGCAUCAGCUCCCAUCAAAAUAAGGCCGGCUACCAUUAACUACUCUGGAGAAACCAGUCGCGCGUCUUUAUCCGAAAACAACCCUUCGCCCAGCUCGUCCCGCUCCUCCGCACCAAGUGGAGGAGGAGGAGGAGGAGGAGGAGGAGGCAGCGGUGCCGGGGGAGGAGCAGCAGGACCUGUCGCCCGGGACAAGCCACAGGUCAAAAAAAUCGCCCCCAUGAUGGCCAAAACUAUCAAAGCGUUCAAGAACAGAUUCUCCCGCAGAUAGACAGAGACUGUGAAUGUGUUUUAUGAAUUCCAUCUCUGUUUUAAUUUAAGUUUAGAAAGAUUUUACUGGAGACCCCUUCAACCCUACACACACACAGACAGACACAUACACACACACACACCCUUACCCACCAAACACAACAUAUGUGAACUUUAUAGUAUUGGUGGAAAAAUGAUUAUUUAAUCCAAGCAGUGGCGUCUGUUUGGGGGUUUUUAAACAAGUAUUUGAAAUGUGAAUGGUGGGACGACUGUGCUGAGGAUAUUAAGGAAAUCAAGAGAAACAAGUUGCCAACUUUUUACAGGAUGCAAAAGGACACAAACACAAAGUCUGUUACUUUUUCUUAUUUUUUUAAAGGAACAGUUUGACGUUUUGGGAAAUGCACUUAUUCACUUUCUUGUUGGGAUUUAGACGAGAAGUAGAUCGAUGUCAGUCUCUGGUUAGUAAGAUGAAUAUGAAGCAGCAGCAUAAAGACUGAAACCAGGGUGAAACGGCUCUUUUCUAUGAUAGGAAACGAUCUACCAACACCUGAAGCUGGUAGAUUGUUUUGGUGUUAUUCAGUUUUUAAAAGAUUCAUUCAAGCAGUUAUAUUUAUAUAUCUUUUAAAUUUCUGGGUACAAGUCACUAGAAACUAAAGAAAACUAUGCAGUAUCUAAAUGUUGUCAAGAUUUUUCUCUAGGAGUCUACGCCAUAUCGGCCCCCAUAAUCCAGUCUGCUCCAAAAUUUUAUAGAUUCUUCCUUGUUCUAUGUUCCACUCUUCUACCGAGUUUCAAUAAAAUGAAACUCGGUGAAAACUUAAACUUAGCAUCCACAGAAGCAGCCACUUACAUGAAAGAUCCACUCGACAGCGCCCUCUACAGUCAGACUUUAUUAUGGUCACUCAUUAUGUUUUUAGCACAUUACCCUUCCACCACCGCUGCCACAAAAAAACAAGGAUAGUUUAUUUACACUUUGUUUUUUGUGUCAACUAUUGAGGGUCCGAAGUGCUGAUUCUGUAAAAGCUGUUUCUCCGCAUUUAUGCUAAGCUAAUCUAACCGGUUGCUGAGUGUAGCUUCAUGUUUACUGGACGGACAUGAGAGGCAUCAAACUUCUCGUCUUACUCUCGACAAGAAAGUGAAUAAGCACAAGUCAAACUUUUAUUGGGUUUGGAGGGUUGGAACCUGACGGCCGGGGUCUUUCUCUGUGGAGUUAGCAUGUUCUCCUCGUGUCUGUGUGGGUUUUCUCAGUCCAAAGACACGUAGGUCCAAUUGAAGACACUAAAUUUCCCGUAGGAGCGAAUGUUAGCGUGAAUGUUUUUUUGUCUUGACAUGUCGGCCAUGGCGAUCUGUCCAGGGUGAACUCCGCCUCUCGCCCAGUGUCAGUUGGGAUUGGCUCCGGCCCCCUCAUGACCCUCAAAGGGUAAAUGGUACAAAUAAUGAAUGAAUGAAUGAAUUGUGGGAGAGAAUAGUUGUGCUUUUAAUUUUAUGAGUCAUUUGUUUCAUUUUUUUCUCGACCAAAUCGAACACUGCGAUAGGAAAACUUUUAGACAUUUGUUUUGUCUUUUUAAUUGCAUGCAUUGUGCACAUCAGCUGCACCUGAAAUAUCAACUGGCUGGUGAGAGACUGCACAUUCAUACAGGAUUUGCCUGCUGCAUUUUUUUAAUUUGUGGGGCUAAAAAUUAUAUCAGUGAACUACACACACACACAAACACAUUUUCGACUUGUUUUAACCCUUCUGUGGCUUCAGCUCAUGUUUUCCUGCUGUCCAAUGUGUGCGUCCUCUUUAAAUCUGCUUCACUGUGACAAAUGGUUUGAAUGAAAGCUGAAGUGGUGACGAGGGAAAACGACCAUUAGGAAAGAAGCUGGUCAGACGACUGCGGCUUCAGUCUACAGCGAUGAUGACAUGUAUUUAUUUUCAACCCUGGGACCCGGCACCCCACCACACGGCCCUGAAAGGAAGUAGAUUAAAAAUUGUAAUUUUAUUAGAUUUUAAAAAAUGUUAUAUGGUCAUUUUUAUUAAAAUUGACUUUUUGCCCUUGAA